AUGAAGAUUGCUUGUGGACAGUUGUGUUCACUGUCCUCGUUGAAAGACAACUCGAGAAUCGUGAUUAAGCUCAUCAAACAGUCGAUCUUAUCCAAAGUAGAGGUGUUAUUUCUACCAGAAGCCACCGACUAUAUACUGAAGGAUGCAAAAGAACUGAUAACCUUGGCCUCAAAAACCCAGCAAGAUUUUUUAACCCCAAUUCAAAAAGAAUUGAAGUUGCUCAAUGAAAGAAAUAAGAGUCAGUUAAAGUUGGCAAUUGGCAUUCACGAACCAACAAGUCUUGAGAAAGUCCGCAACAUUCAAAUUUGGAUCAAUGAAGCUGGGUUGAUUGAACAGAAGUACGCUAAGAUCCAUUUAUUCGAUAUCAAUAUCCCCAAUGGACCCAAUUUGAAAGAGCUGGAUUCGGUGGAGCCCGGCAACUCGAUCUUGAGUCCGUUUGCCGUUCGCAAUUGGAAUAUAGGGUUUGCCAUUUGUUAUGAUAUUCGUUUUAUCGAAAUGACCUUGAAAUUAAGAAACUUGGGAGCCAACCUCAUCACUUUUCCUUCGGCCUUCACCACGAAAACGGGCGAAGCCCACUGGUUGGAACUAGGCAGAGCAAGAGCAAUCGACAGCCAGUGCUACAUAGUAAUGGCGGCCCAGUGUGGUGAACACCAAAAUGGGUCUGAUAAAAAAAGAGUUAGUUACGGACAGAGUAUCAUUAUCGAUCCUUGGGGGGAGGUGAUUGCCCGCGGGGCCAAAUAUAGCGACCCGCGAUCUGUGGACGAUCAGGGGGAUUACUAUCAGCUAGUCACUGCCGAGAUCAGCCAUGAGUUGGUUGAGCAGGUGAGGUCCAACUUGCCAGUCUUCAGCCACCGUCGACCCGAUGUUUAUUAA